AUAAAUACUGAUUGAAAAAGCGAGGGCUUUUACUGCUCUUCAUCGCCGGAAUCCAUGGCUUCCGCCGGCGAGCUCCUCCUCCUCGCCGCGGCUGCUGUUCCGCCUGCCCAUUACCUUGUUGCUUUGCUUGUAUUCGUUGUCGCCUUCUUGUAUGACUUCCUUGAGUUUCAUUUCCUGCGAGAUCUCGUUCGCGGGCUUCGCGGCGAUGCGGUGGUGCUCACGUAUGGAAGUCCGUGUGAGUUAUAUCACGAUGUGGUCUCUAAGUGCCGGAUUCUUCACGGGAGGUAUUUGCCCACACCGUGGCUUUCGAGUCCACAUUUUCAGACCACGUUCCUGAAUUUCUUUGGUCGGCCACCGGCUGUCCGCUACCGAAGGCAGUUGUUCUCAGUGCGUGAUGGCGGGACAAUUGCUUUGGAUUGGAUCCUUGCUUCAGAUGCAAAAGGUUAUUCUCUCCACACUGAUGGGGGCAUUUCUAAAGAUGAUACAACACCUAUUAUGGUUGUAGUACCUGGACUCACUAGUGAUUCUGCUUCUGCUUAUAUAAAACAUCUUGCUCACACAGUGGCAAAGCAAGGAUGGCAUGUUGUUGUUAGCAACCAUCGGGGUUUGGGUGGUGUCUCCAUAACUUCUGACUGCCUUUAUAAUGCUGGAUGGACUGAAGAUUUGAGGGAAGUUGUGAACAACCUUAAUCAUGAACAUCCAAAGGCUCCUCUAUUUGCUGUAGGGACAAGCAUUGGUGCCAAUAUAUUGGUUAAGUAUCUCGCAGAAGAGGGGGAGAGCACUCCUGUUGCCGGUGCUGUUUCUGUUUGCUCUCCAUGGGAUCUAGUGAUUUGUGACAGGUUCAUUAAUCGUAAGCUUGUGCAACGAUUGUAUGACAGAGCCCUUGCAAUUGGUCUUCUAGGUUAUGCUAAACAACAUCAGCCUCUUUUGACUCGACUUGCAAACUGGGAAGGGAUUCAGAAGUCACGCACUGUAAGGGACUUUGACCACCAUGCAACUCGAAUUGUUGCUAAUUUUGAGACUGUUGAUACAUAUUACCGCCACUGCAGCAGUGCUCAAGUUGUUGGAAAUGUGUCAGUGCCCUUAUUAUGUCUCAGUGCUUUGGAUGAUCCAGUUUGUACAAGGGAAGCAAUUCCCUGGGAUGAAUGCAGGGCAAAUCACAACAUUGUAUUGGCCACCACUGCACAUGGAGGACACCUUGGAUUUUUCCAAGGGAUCACUGCUACUAAAUUAUGGUGGGUAGGAGCUGUAGCUGAGUUCCUUGCCGUUCUCCACUCUAGUUCCAUCACUCACAAACCAAGAAAGACACAAGAUCUCGGCCCGCAUACAUCACUGCAAUCUUCAAUUGACAAGAGCCCAUAUAUCAGCCUUGCCGACGACGGUAUGGUUGUUGCAGCUCAAAAGGAUGAGAUUGACACCGACAAACCACCGGCAGAGUCCACACAACAUCAUCCUGGCCAGAGUUCACAAGACAACAACUCCACUGAAAGUCUUAAAGACGACGAAAUUACUACUAGGCUGAAGAGGUCAAUAAACCAGCUAUCUCGGCAGAGCAACAAAUCAAUGUGGCUACUUGCAUACAUUGCCAUCAUCUCAACUUGUCCUCUGGUUGGUUCUCUCAUCCUCAUCAUCUUCAGAAGGAAGCUUAAAAAUGUCCUUCCAGCUUCAUGGUUUUCAGGAAGAUAGAUUCAAAAGACCAUUCUUUGUCACCCUCAUAUGUGUAUUGUGGUGACUUCUUAUAUAGUUUUGUAUUAUCUAAUAAUAACUCAUCUUUAAUGAGCUCAGAAUAUUAAUUAAUUAACUUUUGA